AUGUUGGCUGCGCGAUUCUCCAGAGCUCUUCCCCGAGCUUCUCCCCUCGCCGCUCGCUCGGCUGCCUUUGCCAGAGCUCCUUCAGUCGCCAAGUUUGCUCGCUAUGAGUCAACAGCUGCUGAGGGCGACGGCAAGGUCCAGGGUGCCGUCAUUGGUAUCGAUCUGGGAACCACCAACUCUGCCGUCGCCAUCAUGGAGGGCAAGACACCCCGCAUCAUUGAGAACGCAGAAGGUGCCCGCACCACUCCCUCAGUAGUUGCCUUUGCUGAGGACGGUGAGCGUCUGGUCGGUGUUGCUGCCAAGCGACAGGCUGUUGUCAACCCUGAGAACACUCUCUUUGCCACCAAGCGAUUGAUCGGUCGCAAGUUCAAGGACGCUGAGGUCCAGCGAGACAUCAAGGAGGUCCCCUAUAAGAUUGUCCAGCACUCCAACGGCGAUGCCUGGGUCUCUGCCCGUGACCAGAAGUACUCUCCCUCUCAGAUUGGUGGCUUCGUCCUCAACAAGAUGAAGGAGACUGCCGAGGCCUACCUGUCUAAGCCCGUCAAGAACGCCGUUGUCACCGUCCCCGCUUACUUCAACGAUGCUCAGCGCCAGAGCACCAAGGACGCCGGUCAGAUCGCCGGUCUUAACGUUCUCCGUGUCGUCAACGAGCCUACUGCCGCUGCCCUGGCCUAUGGUCUUGAGAAGGAGGCUGAUCGCGUUGUCGCUGUCUACGAUCUUGGUGGUGGUACCUUUGAUAUCUCCAUCCUCGAGAUCCAGAACGGUGUCUUCGAGGUCAAGUCCACCAACGGUGACACUCACCUUGGUGGUGAGGAUUUCGAUAUCCACCUGGUUCGCCACAUGGUUGGCGAGUUCAAGAAGACUUCUGGACUUGACCUCUCCGGUGACCGCAUGGCUAUCCAGCGUAUCCGUGAGGCUGCUGAGAAGGCCAAGAUUGAGCUGUCCUCUUCUCUUCAGACCGACAUCAACCUGCCUUUCAUCACUGCCGACGCUUCCGGCCCCAAGCACAUCAACCUGAAGCUCACUCGUGCUCAGCUCGAGAAGAUGGUCGACCCCCUCAUUACCCGAACCAUCGAGCCCGUUCGCAAGGCCCUGAAGGAUGCCGGUCUCCAGGCCAAGGACAUCCAGGAGGUCAUCCUGGUUGGUGGUAUGACCCGUAUGCCCAAGGUUGCCGAGUCCGUCAAGUCCAUCUUCGGCCGUGACCCAGCCAAGUCUGUCAACCCUGAUGAGGCUGUCGCCAUGGGUGCUGCUAUCCAGGGUGCUGUCCUCUCUGGUGAGGUCAAGGACCUCCUUCUCCUCGACGUCACCCCUCUGUCUCUCGGUAUUGAGACCCUGGGCGGUGUCUUCACCCGUCUGAUCAACCGAAACACCACCAUCCCCACCAAGAAGUCCCAGGUCUUCUCCACCGCCGCCGACUCUCAGACCGCUGUCGAGAUCAAGGUCUUCCAGGGUGAGCGUGAGCUGGUCAAGGACAACAAGCUGCUCGGAAACUUCCAGCUUGUUGGCAUCCCUCCUGCCCGCCGUGGUGUUCCCCAGAUCGAGGUCACCUUCGACAUUGACGCCGAUUCCAUCGUCCACGUCCACGCCAAGGACAAGUCCACCAACAUGGACCAGUCCAUCACCAUUGCCUCUGGAUCUGGUCUGUCCGACAACGAGAUCCAGCAGAUGGUUGAGGACUCCGAGAAGUACGCCGAGUCUGACAAGGAGCGCAAGUCUGCCAUUGAGUCCAGCAACCGCGCCGACAGCGUCCUGAACGACACUGAGCGUGCUCUGGAUGAGUAUGCCGACAAGCUCGACAAGGCUGAGGCCGACGGUCUGCGCGAGAAGAUUGCCUCUCUCCGCGAGUACAUCACCAAGAUCCAGUCUGGUGACAGCACUGCCACCGCCGCUGAGAUCAAGGAGAAGACCGACGAGCUCCAGGUCGCCUCCCUGAACCUCUUCGACAAGAUGCACAAGGCCCGCAACGAGGGUGCCUCUGAGCAGCAGUCAGGCGAGCAGUCCACCGAGGGCGAGAAGAAGGAUGAGAACAAGCCUUAA